CACCACACGCGUAGUUUCAUUCUCUCACAAAAACAAAACCCUAAAUUUUCUUCAAACCCCCAAUUCGAAAUCGAGAAAUUCCUUUGUUCAAUUGCGUAACCUUGAAGAUGGUGUUGGAAACUGAAAUCAUUUAUCAACAAAGCGUGUUGGAUGUUAAGUAUCAUCUCUGCGUUUCUUCUGAAUCUGUUUCAACUGAAACCUCUCUCUUUGAAUCGACUGUGAGUUGCUCAGAGGUGAUUAAAGAAUCUAUUAUAGAGGAUGCUGUUGCAAUGUUUACCCCAAAGGUUCGUUCUGGUAGCUGUGCUGAUAUUGGUCCGAGGGGAUCAAUGGAUGAUGAACACAUUCAAAUAGAUGAUCUAGCUGCCCACCUUGGAUUUGUGUUGAAAUACCCUACACCGAGUUCUUUUUAUGCUGUUUUUGAUGGACAUGGAGGUCCUGAUGCAGCUGUGUUUGUUAAGAACAAUGCUAUGAAAUUAUUUUUUGAAGAUACUACUAUGCUGGAAACUUAUGACUCUGAUGCACUUCUGCUGAAGAGGUUGGAAGAUUCUCAUCGGAAAGCUUUUCUAGGUGCUGACCUUUUAUUGGCCGAUGAGCAGAGUAUUAGCAGUUCAUGUGGGACAACAGCACUGACUGCCCUUAUACUUGGAAGGCAUUUGCUGGUUGCUAAUGCUGGUGAUUGUCGAGCAGUUCUUUGUAAGCGUGGAGUAGCUGUUGACAUGUCUCAAGACCAUAGACCAAGUUAUUUACCAGAACGUAAAAGAGUUGAAGAGUUGGGUGGUUAUAUUGAUGAUGGAUAUCUCAAUGGUUAUCUUUCUGUCACUCGUGCCCUUGGCGAUUGGGACUUAAAAUUACCACUUGGUUCUGCCUCACCUCUGACCGCCGAGCCCGAUGUUCAGGUGGUCACAUUGACUGAGGAAGAUGAGUUCUUGAUCAUUGGGUGUGAUGGCAUCUGGGAUGUAAUGUCAAGCCAGGAUGCAGUUAGUCUUGUCCGUCGUGGAUUAAGAAGGCACGAUGACCCACAGCAAAGUGCCAGAGAGCUUGUCAAAGAAGCACUGCGCCUACACACAACAGAUAAUCUUACUGUAAUUGUCAUUUGCUUGUCUGCUGUCGAAAGCAUUGUUGAAUCGUGUCCACCCCAUAGGCGAAGAUUUAGAGCUUGCUCUAUGUCAGAAGAGGCUAGAAACAAAUUGAGGAGCUUGCUAGAAAGUAACUGAAUGUAAAUAUAGUUCUCAUAAUUUAGUUAUUAUGCAGAAUUGAUUAAUGUUUGUAGGCUGUUGUAGUUGAGUUAGAGCAGCCAGAAGUUUUGUAGGAAUGGAAGAGAAUAGUUGGAGGGUUGGUGGUUGAUACGCUCUUGUUUAACUUACUGAGGCAUUUUCUAGUUUAUUUUGGCAUUUGUGGAAACAAAUAACAAAUGUAGCAAAAGCUAGUUUUGGCGGUUCUCUGGCUGAGUAGAUUUCUCAAUUUAUUGUUACAUGUGUAAAUAAGAAAUUAUUUAGACUCAGGUAGAAUGCAACCAAAAUGUUUGUUUGCAUUUUCUUAGCUCCUUGUUGUUUUGUGGAAUGAGUAAAAUCCUUUUAAAUCUUCAUUAA